AUGAUAGACUUUAUCAUCAAAUUUGCACAGGCUCACGAGAGUUUUCGCAUUCCCGAAAUCGAGGCGCUUGCGAUCAUCGAGGGCGUGCACUUGGAGAUAAUACAAUAUGAUGAAGCAUCACCGCUAUGUACCGUGCGCCUGCCUUCCGCGGAUGCAGCAAAGAGGCUGAUACGUCGGUCCAUCAUGGCACAGUCAAUUCACGAGCUGUGGGGUUCAGGUAAGAACCUGGAAGAGCUCAAUGAUUCCAUCAAAGCGACAAGUAGCUCGGAGUGGCCAAGAUACAGGGUCUCUUCAUUCAAGUUCGUGUUUGACUCAUACCAAGGAUCACGGUCCAAGCCCAGCCAGCUUUCUGUGAUCAACAACUUUCGAUUUCUGCCGUUCGAGGGACACAUCAUCAUGAAAAACCCGGACGAGAUCUUCACUGUACUAGAACUUUGGCCGUGGAACAGUGUUCCUCUGGGAGUCGAGCACCCCAACUACUAUCACCUAGGACGUUUCAUUGCCAACUCUGCUCGUAACGAUGUACUCAAGUUUGAUUUGAAGAAAAGACAGUACAUAUCGACGACAAGCAUGGAUUCCGAGCUUGCUCUCAUUACGGCAAACAUUGCGCUAGCUGCCCCUGGUAAGAUUCUAUACGACCCAUUCGUUGGAACAGGGUCAUUUCCUAUUGCAUGUGCCCACUUUGGUGCAAUGAGCUGGGGCAGUGAUAUAGACGGACGAAGCAUUCGAGGCGAGGGCAAUGGAAAGAGUCUCAAGGGAAACUUUGGACAAUACCACAUCGCGUCGUUGCUUGGUGACGUCUUUGCCGCCGAUGUCACAAAUAGCCCAAUCCGAAGGCGGAGAGUUUGGGACGGCAUUGUCUGCGAUCCACCUUAUGGAGUAAGAGAAGGACUGCGAGUACUCGGGCUGAAGGACCCUGAGAAGACACCGUGGCUUGUAGAGCGCGGCCUUAAGCAUGGAAUGGAAUUCGACUUCGUGCCUCCAAAGAAGCCAUAUAGCUUCAUGGCAAUACUCGACGACAUCCUCGUACUCGCAGUGGAAACACUCGUCGACAAUGCCAGACUCUCUUUCUGGAUGCCCACGGCCAAUGAAGAGGACCAACGAAUCCCAGCCCCAACGCACCCGAGUCUCGAAAUCGUGGCCAAUUGCGUCCAGGUUUUCAACAAAUGGUCGCGACGGCUGAUUACGUACCGACGUAUACCGGAUGAUGAAGUGUCUAACGAGGCGCUCGCGGCAUAUGCUGGGAGAACAAUUAUCAGUGACGUCGGAACCACCGCCAACGAACUUAAUCCAUUUCGCCGCGGGUAUUUUAGGAAAUUCCAAAGUGAUAGCUAG